ACAGAGAAUUCAUUUCUCUACCAAGGAGUCACAGUAUAACACUCGGAUUUUCCUCCGCAAGUGUUUAGUCGGUGUGACCAAGUGAAACGGUUCGAAACAAAGUGGAAAUAUAGUUCCUUCUACUACGAAUUACUUACCGUUAUUAUAUUGGGAUGCAGUGUUAAAUCUUCUUUAAAAAAUUAAAAAAAAAAAAUUUUAACAACAAAAAAUAAAAUAAAUAAAAAAACACCCAGUAAAAAAGGAAAAUACAAAUUGUUGAAGAAUGUCUUGGAAAUUUCAUACGAAUAAGUUUUUAUUUUCCAAAGAAAUUAUUUUGGUCCUGAUGAUGGUGUUCAUUCAGUCCGGAUAUGGAAUUCUUUGUUAUGUUUGUGAUUCAAGUGUUAAUCCUGGAUGUACAAAUUUAAAGACGAAUUCUAGCAUCGUUCCGGAGACUUGUACUUUGGAAAAAAUGAAAUCAACCAAUUCAUGGCUCUUAAAUUUAAACAAAAUUGCAUACUUUGAAAGCUCCCUGAGAACGAUUCCAACAAUGUUUUGUCAAAAAGUUGUUGCUAAACAAACUAUGGACAGUCCACCAGUAACAGCAAGAUUUUGUCAAUUGGACACACGUGACACUGAUGUCUGUUCAAUUUUACGCGAUCACAUUUCGAAAAAAGGCAAUGGAAAUAGUAUUGCAGAGGACUCAAAGGAUGCUAUCCUCUUGGAAUGUUCCAUUUGUAAAACAGACAAAUGCAAUGGUUCUCAAAGGAUAGGAAUCUUAACAAUGUUCAGUUGCCUUUUAAUUGCGAGCAUCUUGAAGUAUUUUGGAUAAUCUAUACUAGAAUGGGAGUAAAAAUAAUGUUUUGUAAAUAUUGAAUAAGUGUAUUUUAUGAUAUAAAUGUAUAAUAAAUUAAGACAAGUUAAAUUUUACUUGCGAAUAAUACAUUUUUAUGCUGAAUUGUAAGCUUCAUAAUACACGUCAUGAUUUCACCUUGCGGAACCCAAUUUCUUUUCAUUUUUUUACCAAAUUCAUACAAACUACUCUUGGCUCUUCAACAAAAUUGAUAUUUCAUAAUCCACUUUUUGUAUAGUUAAGAAAACAUUCAACACAAAAACCUGAAACAUUAAAAAAAAACUAUGAGUGUUAUACUGUAAAUCACCCACCACGUUAAAUAUUAUUUGUUAUAGUAUAAUUCAUCAUUUCUUAUACAAAAAAAAAAAAAAAAAAAAAAACUAAAAGUACUAAAAUGUUUAUUAAUAGAACGCAAAGUUUUAAAAUUUGCCAAUUGUGCAUUAAAAAAUAAAAAGCAUUCACACUGCAUUUUAAGCGUUAUGAUCGAUAUAAAAAAAAAUAUUAAUAUAUAAUUUAGAUAUAUAAUAAUAUAAAUACAAUAUAUAAAUAUAUAUAAAACGCAUUAAGA